AGUCAGAGAGCAAGCACACAGCAGAGCUCGUCAGAUCACCACAAGACAUCAUGCCUAAGCUUCUCUUCUCAAGGAUUGUGUUCAGCCAGCUGAAGGGUGCAGACAAAAAGAAGCAAACUAACAAUGAAAGCAGCCCAUCAGUCCUGAUUCUUGAAGAGACUAAACGUCCCAGUAGAGCUGCUGCACGAGUUUCAGCUGAAGAACAGAUGACAGCUUGCCAGCCUUUUGAUGCCCUGUUGAGAGAUGAAUCAUUUCUCUCUGCCUUCCAUGCUUUUCUUCGUAAGGAGUUCAGUGAGGAAAACAUCCUCUUCUGGAAGGCCUGCGAGGGUCUGAAGAAACUGGACUCACCUGAUGAGCUGCCAUCCAAAGCUGUUGAGAUUUAUAACAAAUUUAUUCAAACAAGAGCCCCAAAAGAGAUAAACAUCGAUCACCAAACCAAAGAAGUCAUCAAAUUGCAUCUCCAAAUGCCAGACGUUACCUGCUUCGAUGUGGCCCAGAAACAAAUUUACAGUCUCAUGGAAAAGGAUUCCUAUCCUCGAUUCAUCAAAUCAGAGAUCUAUUUAAACAUCGUCAACAAACCAAAAUGAGGUGCCAAUGAGCAUACAAAAGAAAUAGAAGGAGCCUCAAAGUGGGACGUUUCAUACCCACCUACACUUAAAGAAAACCGGUUGAGUGAAUUCAGAAGAGAUCUGACCAAGAACGAGAAAGGAAAUGGGAAGGUCUGCCACACACAGUUAGACGCCGCACGAGAAAGACAGAAAGGGCUUGAAGGAAGGGCUGCUGCAGACUGGAGUGGAAACCUGUCAACUGCAAGCGACAGAAAGACAUUUUAUUCCACAACCUCUCUUGUGGAAAGAUUAUUUUCACUAUUAUUUGUUUCUAGCUAAAAUUAAAAUAAUAUUUUUUUAAA